CGCGGCUCCGCCUUUCCGGCCGUUUCCAUGGCAGCGGGAGGGGGGAGGUCGAGGCGUCGCGGAGGCCAUGGUGGGUGGUUGCUUCGCUUUUGGAAGCCGCCAAAGCUGAAGUGACAGACAACUGAAAAUGUCAUCCUAUUUGGCUCAGGAGGUUCACCUUGCUAGAAGACACGAAGAGAUACUGUCUCAGAGAUCAGUGCUGCUACAGCAGAUGGAGACUUAUCUAGGAGACAAAAAGACUAAAAAGACAUGGCAAACUCAAGCAGCUGAUGCAGCUCGUAAAAGGAAUGCAGCACUUUUAAAUGAUAUAGAAGCAGCAGAGAAAAAGCUGCAAGAAAGAAUGUGUUUACUUCCACAUCCCGAUACUGUUAACUUAGAAACUGUCUAUUGGGCAUCAGUAAAAGAGUCUCUUCCCAAGUGGGAACAGUUCCUUUUAGGAAGAGCAGAAGCUCCUGUUGGUUUUAAGAAACUGAAAACUACAAAACAGAACCUAAGCUACCCAGAAGAAGAUUCACAAAAUUAAACACUCCGACUUUGUUUUGUAACUUCCUGCUUAAGUGGGCAAGAUCGUCCAGGUCACGUAAUAAAAUAUAUCACUAAAUUGUAAUGUACAUCACUUAUGAAAUGAAAAUGAACUACAUUGGAGAGCUUGCUUUUGUCUCAUGCCUAACACUUUACAUUUAAACAGUGUUAUUUUUGCUUUAGGAGAGCUUAGACUAGCAUUCCUUACAACGAGAGAAGCAAUCCUUCACGAAGAGACUUUGAGAAUCAAAAGUGAGAAACACUGGGUGGAUAGAAACCCACCGAAGUGAUUACUUCUCAGUGUAAGAAAAGUCUUAGGUUAUUUGUAACCCUCUGCUUUUCCAUGUAAGUGUGAGAAGUAAAGACAAAUUCAUGCAUUAUCUUUCUUCACUCUAGUCAUCUGUGCUGUGUGCCUCUUUGUGGAUCAAGGAGAAGGGAGGAAUUUACUGUUAACAGGGAAGGCAGGCUCUUUGCGUCAGAGUAGUCCCAGUUUAGCACUAGAAAUCUGUGUAAAAACCUUCAUGGCAGCAGAUGUAGAAAGAACACCUUGAAUUUGUGCUUUUUGCUUUCCCUGAUUUUUUUUGCAAUUGCUACUUUCGUUGCUUCUACAGCUUGUUCCAGUAACCGUUUCUGCUUUUCCCAGCUUCUUGCUGCCUACUUUAUAUUUCCUGUCUAAUGGGUGGUUAAAGACAAGAAAAAGUAAACAAAUAUCUAGGCUAUUUUUGCUACUCCUAGGCUGUUCUUAGUGCUAUUUUCUCUAUGUUGACAGUCUACAAGUGAGAUCUCUUACUUAGGCAUGAAAAGUUUGAAAGAAGCGAGCAGAAAGGUAGCCUGCAGCAAGUGUCAAAAAACCCUAGUGUAUAGAAGUCUCGAAGAUAACACUUUCUUUCUCAGCCACUGAACUGCUCCUCAGCAUCCUCCUACAGAGGUGCAAUAUUGGUGAGUUCUGACCGUACAGUCAGCUAACUCUCUAUGCAGCUUUCACUACUCAUGCACGUGUGCUUUUUAAAGUACCAGUUCAGUGGAAGAUCCUUCUGGGUGUGUGACUUGGCCUGAAGAAAUUGCACCCUUCUGAAGCAAAGGAUGUCUAGAAAAAAAUAUAUAUUUUUUUCUUUACAUUAAGAACUUCAACUGGAGUCAAUAUGUUAAAUUUUAACAAUCUUAUACACAACAACAUUUUCUUACCCCCCUGACCUGGGAAAGGAAGGGAGCAAAAAAAAAUGACCUUUGCCAGUGUCUGAGGGUAUGAACGUGUAGUAAUUACUGAUUUGACUAGGCUAUUAGUGAACCGAUCUGUGCAUCUCCAUGUUACAGAGAUGCAGAUUAUUUUUAUAUUAGGGAUGUUUGAAGGGCUUUUAUUGAAACUGAGGCAAUUUUUAGCAACAUUAAUAAGUGUCCAGAUUGCUUCAGAUCUAUGCACUAAAAAGUACGUGUUCACUUAAUUAAACAUAAUUUAAUUAUUCACUGAUUAGAAGGUGGUGGGGAGUUCAUGGUCCAGUCAGAGCUGGAGAACAGGCUUCUAGCUGGAAACUAUAGGAAGUCUGGGUAGCCUCGAAGGACCAACAUCUGCAGCCACUGAUCUUCCUGAAAGUAGGCACUCACUUUUGUCUGAAUUUAAAUUAGCUGAAGUAUCACUCACACAAAAAUAAAUAAAUAAAAACUUCAUCUCUGAUAUAAAAACAAUUUUACAUUUUCAACGGGAAUAUUAAGAGUUCAUUUAAAACUUUUUCUAUUGAAGUGUCCAUUAAACUGAUAAGUUUUUACAGAAACUGCCAUCUUAGAAAUAUCCUGUUGAGUGGGUGUUGGUGUUUGUAACAAUAACGUUGUUUUCAUAAUAUGUGAUGGCAGAUUAGCACGCUUCUCUGCAGUGUUGUUAACAGUUGUAAUUAAGGAAUAAACAGUAAAGGGUGUCAGUCCGAUGACAAUUUCAUCUAUAGUGUCACAAUACAAAAUGUCACAAAAUAUUAGAACUGUUAUAUAACUACAAAAAUAUCAAAUUAGGCUUUCAUCUUACAAGCAGAGAGCUUAAAAAAACCUGGCAGAGAGACCAUUGCAAUUUUAUACCUACUCAGUGUUCUGUCACAAAGACAACUUGGUAAUAUUUUCUUCUGUAAGAUCACAAUGUGGUACUCGGUCUGAUUUAGCGGGAAUGUGUAUGUAUCUCAGACUUAGCUCAAAUUUAAAAAGGAAAUAAUUGGAACCAGUUGAGCAGACAAGAAGGAUAAAGCUAUUACAUGCAGUGCCCCCCUCCCGGAAAAGGGGUGAGGGAGCAGUUACUUGCUGACAAAGACUGGGACUCAUCCCGGUCUUUGCAUCCAAAGGGAAAUCACUUAAACUAAAAUCUGGGCCCCUAAGCACUUUCCACGUGUGAAUAAUCGGGGUCUUUAUCUCUUUGGGCUCCGCCUAAACACUGGGACACAAUGCAGAUGCUCGCAUAACCUUGCUUCUUUUGAUUUUCCCAUGGAAGGAAAGUGAAGUGUGGGCUGUGGGGGCAUGGCAGCUGUGUGCAGGAGGGUUUUGUGGCGUGCAGUGCAAGGUACCUGCAGGCAGCGUUGGUAUGGCUGCUGUGCCUCCGUUUAACUGCUGUGGAAGUGAAGGCAGAAACACUUCCCUUAGUCACAAGUAUGCUUUGACGGUAAUUGUAUCAAACGUUAUUAGAUAAUCGAUACUGUAUUUCUGAUUUUUUUGUUAUAUUGGGCUAAGAGGUGAAGAUGAAAAUCAAAUUAUCUUAUUUUCAAAAAAGGAAAUUAUUAUUUUUUCCCUCUGUGCUAAAGCUGUAGAAGCAAUAGGACAGGUAGUGCAAUGAAAAUUAUAUAGGAACAUGCCCAGAAAAGUGGGGAAGAGGAUGAAGAGAAACUUUUGAAGUAGGAGGUGUGUAUAGGCAGCUGCUCUGGGAGACAAGGGUCGUCUUGUCGGCCUGCGGUCUGACAGAAAUAAAUGCAAUUGCAUAUGACUAAAGCAGGGCAUGGAGGCAUGCGGCAGGGCCACGAAGGUGGAAGCGCGUGUCCUGAUUAGUCACAGACCUUGGGGCAAGCAGCGGCAGGGCGCAUAAUUAUGUGGUGCCUCCUGUUACAUCUGUCAAGCGCACAACUUCUACUACAACUUCUACUGUGACUGAGCUAGCUUGCCACCUGCCUUUGUAUAGAUACAAAGUUGAGAAAGCACCUUAAUGUUAGCUUAAGUGUGUUUAAACUCAAACCAACCAAACAAAAACCGGCUACCAGUAUGGUUUAAUACUGGCAUUAAAUGAGAUCUUGAAUGGGUAUUCUUCACUGAGUCAAAGCUGUUACUUCAAAAAGACAAAUUCAGUGCAGUUAUCCCCCACCUCAUCCCAGUUUGUUUGUUUUUAAUCGUAUGUAGUUUCCUACCCAUUCCUGGGUGCGUGUUUUUUCCUCUAUAACAUAACCCGUUACUCUGUAUUCUUGACUUGCUGCUUGCCCUUCUGUGCUAAAGUGUGUAUGUAUGCAUAAGCUGCAGCGGUCCUGCCUCUUGCUCCUCCUGCUCUCCUGGUGGGUGGGGGAAAGCAAUUGAGAGAGGAGCAGUAGGGGAAAUAAAGGGUUUUGCCUUUAUGUAAGUUAAUGCUCGAGUAUCUUAGAAGAAGAGCUAAUUAAUCACCCUUUUUUAGGUUUAUGCGCAGAUGAGUAACCACCGUACUAGCCUAGGAGCACAGCCUGUUCACCCAUCUUGUCACCUCUACCAUCACAUUCCCCAGCUUUUGCUUUCUCAGUUAUUCUGGCUGUGGGGGCAGUAGCAGAAGGCAUGUUAGUUUUCCCUAGGAUAAGAAAUUUCUUACUCCACAGAAUCUUUCUCCAGCCUAUUAAUUUCAUUUGAGAGUAUAUAUGAAAUAAUAGAAGGGCUUAGAGACACAAUAUUUGACACUUACUGGAGUGUCCUCUUGAAUGCAUUUAUUCGAGGUCAUGUUUUCAUAGAAGUUGGGAGCUAGAUUCUAGACGAGCUUAUGGUUCCUCCUUCCUUUUUCAUUCACAUUGUGUAGUCAGGGAUGUAGGUGCUUGGUUUGAGCUUGUUGAUACUGAAAAAUAAGACAAAAUAUUAAAUGGAAUGUAGUUUGAGAGGUUAUGUCUGAAAGAAAACAUUAUUUGCUCCAUAAUGGUAAGUUUCAUAAUAUUUUAAUAGUUGUGUUCAGAUACAACUUGACCUUAAAUAUCACCCCAAAUGCAAGCUGUUUUAACAUAUUUGUAAUGCUAAGAUCUUCAUUACUGUAAUACUCUGUUUGCUCAAGGAUUAUUAUCCAUUGCUAUAACGUGUUAUGGCUGAAAUAAAGCUUUGAUCUCGUA